AAUUCGCAACGCUGUGUAUUUCUAUUUCCGUCCAAGCUUAUUGUCAGCAAAUGCGGAUCCGCCUAGGCUUCUUCUAAAUCACAAUUUUGUGUUCUGUGCUCUGCAAAUUAAAUUAAUAGAUCCAGAUCGCUCAAUGGAUAAUUCUACCCUUAACAACAAUGAAAAUGAUGAGAUCGGCCAAAAAGAAGAAGAAGAAGAAAGCGGAGCAGUAGACGACUUCGUUAAAGUGAACAAAACAGAUGUUCUCCAUGAGAUUGACCUCCAACAACAUCCUUCGCUUACAGAAGCGUCUCAUGUUUCUCCCACUGCAGAACAUAACCCAGACACCAAAUUUCCCCCCUCACUUGUAAGCAAUUCUUCUGAAACCCCAAAUGAUGUCGCUGUCCCAGUCGACAGCUCUGAACACUCAAAUUUUCCAUUGGAGAACGUUGAAUGUGGCGUUUUCGAGCAAACCACGGGUGGUUUUGAGGAAGCUGCACACCAGCUACCAGAAGAGUACUGGAAUAGAUUGGUGGUUUUGCAGUGCGAGUCCACGGCGCCUGGAGGACUUUGUGAUGUUUAUCUGGUGGGCACAGCUCACGUCUCUCAGGAUUCUUGCAGGGAAGUUCAAGCUGUCAUUCGUUUCUUGAAACCACAGGUUGUAUUUUUAGAACUGUGUUCAAGUCGGGUGGCUAUGUUGAGGCCUCAAGUUCUAGAGGUACCCAGCUUGAGUGACAUGAUUGAUACAUGGAGGAACAAAAAUGUGAAUGCCUUGGGAGUUAUUUACAGCUGGUUUCUUGCAAAGGUUGCCGAGAAGCUUGAAGUCUUCCCUGGUGCUGAGUUUCGCACUGCAUUUGAAGAAGCGAUGACAUAUGGUGCCAAGGUUAUAUUGGGCGACCGCCCUGUCCAGAUUACAUUGCGAAGGACAUGGGAAAAGAUGAGCUUAUGGCACAAAAUAAAGUUUCUAUUCUCAAUUGUUUUUCAAGCAAUCUGGCUACCAAGUCCUGAAGAACUUAACAAAAUGAUGAUGGAGCUGGGUGAUGUUGAUAUGCUGACUCUUUUGAUCCAAGAAAUGAGUAAGACAUUUCCCAGUUUGAUAGAGACAUUGGUUCACGAGCGGGACUUGUAUAUGUCAUCUACAAUACUAAAAAUUGCAAGUGAAAGCAACUCAGUUGUAGCAGUUGUUGGAAGAGGACAUUUGUCUGGGAUUAAGAAAAGUUGGAAACAACCAAUUCCAGUAUCUUCUUUAUUAGAAGUUCCAGUUGCAAGAUCUUCAUCAUCUGUGAAAGUUUGGGCUGCAGUUGCUCUGGCUGUUGGUGGUGCUGCCAUCUUCUCUCGUAUAUAUUUGACAGGAAAAAAAUAGUAUGUCAGACAGGAGUUCCUCUUUUAAAUUUUUAUAUUGUCCUAGAAGUGCUCGGGCAUGGUACUCAGGUGACUUGGUGGCUUUAAUGGAAUAGGUGACCUCAUGCUGCUUUUGAAGCAUAAUUUAGCUUCUUUCAAAGAAAUGAUUGGAUUUUUAAGAUUUUUGGAAAUGUUCAGAUUGAACACUCUUUUCCGAUUUCCUUGUAAUUUGAUUACCGAAUAAGAGAAACUAUAAUGUUAUUCAAUAAGAUGUUAUUAGAAAACCAGGUUCUUGUGGGCUGAUACUCAGCACUAAUUGAAUUGUAUAUAUGCAUUUUCACCUUGGAUUUUAGGUUGAAAAGGCUCAUGGUGUAACUGGGAAUUCUUCUGUAUUUUGAAGAUAUCCUUUUCUAGAAAAGGCUAAGCAUGAUUUAAAAUUGCCAUUGGUGGAUUCGUUUUAGAGCUGUGAGACUGAUAAAGAUGUGAGUGUAAAUUAUACUGCAAUUGUGAGCCACAGGCAAAUUAUAAUAAAAAGCAUAUACAACAAGUUCAA